UUUCACUUCAUUGUGAUUAUUUUUCCAUCGUUCUUUCGUCAUUCAAUCAUCGAUACUGCGCGACCAUCUAUACUGUUGCAGCCCAAGGGACGUUCGAAGGGAAACAGUGCAAUCAAUUCUAAUUGGAAAUGGAAUGGUGAAGAGUACCGCGAGCGGCAGACUGAAAAUUGAUUCCGUUUUCCGAAAUGCAGCGUGAAACGGUGUUAGCAAGGAAUUUAUUUCGAUAAAAUAAGUUCUACAGUGUUUGAAAAAUUCAGGUGUGUUCUCUAGCUCAGUCAGUGAUUUGCUUGGGUAUGUGUUUCAGUGUCCCACAGUGCGCUAUACAGCCGUCAGACCAGAGUGUGCGUGGCGCGAUUCUUGGUAGCGAGUGGCCAAGCAAAGAAGAACGAUGAACAGUAACCAUGGAUAGAAAACAAACCCCAUAAAGAAGCAACAACGCAACGGCCCUCAGAGCGAGCGGAGAAUGAAUCUGAAUCGGACUGGCAAAGUAGGUGGUCGAAAGAAAACAUUGCUGAGCAUCGCUUCACGGGAAAACGGUCGAGUCGAGACCGUCGUCGUCGGACGGGUGAAUGACGUUCCGAUGAUGUUCUUCCAUUCAAGCGAUCCAAGCAAUCAAGGUGGCCUCAAUUAUUGCGAAAUAACGUGUCGUCGGUUUGUUUUGGUGUUUUUACUGAUACAAGUGCUGGAAAUGUGUUGAGUCGACACACCUGGUGUCUGAUAAUCGAAUUCAAAUUGAAUGUUCCAAGAAUCAGUGAUAGUAACCAACGAAUCAAUUUGGUGUAGUGGUGAAAUUUAAUUUUGCAAUCAGAAUAUAGUUCUAUGUGCUCGGAAGUGAAAAUCAGAAAUGUCAUGGAAUGUGAGGCUGCUUCACCACCUGUGACAAGCCAACAGUGUUCAGUGUUGUAGCUCUCCGAACAGGUACUCGUCCGGAAAGAGGAUUAUUGUGGAUUUUCUUCCGUCAUCGGAAUCGACACCAGCCGGGUCCGAGCGGCUUCACGGGCGGCAGAGAGCACAAACACAUUCAGCAGAAACAGAAGAGUGUGUCUCUGUGGAGCACCUAUAGAUAUAGGUGGUAGCUGCCUGCCUAUCUAGAGCGCCGCCGGUGCAGCAAGGAGGAAGGCCAGAGCGGACAGUAGCAGCAGCAGUAGCUAUAACUUGGAAAAAAAUAUAUAGCAAAGCAGCAAAACCAGAUUAGACAACCGCACCCACGAUGGACGAGCGUCGGGUGGCGGAUUACUUCGUGGUGGCCGGCAUGCCGGAGAACCCGAAGCUACUGAAGGAGAACAUCUUCAACGAUUCGUCCCACCUGCGAUCGGCAGUCACAAUCGAUCCCAUCACCGAUAUCGGUGUGUUCUUUCCGUCGCUGGGUGAAAAAAUUCCCGCAGACUACGAAGUGCUGGAGAACACACCGACCGGUCUGCUGGCAGAUCUCAACUAUGGUUCGGUGCGAACGACAGCCUGUUUCCUGUAUUACCGCCGGGGGAAGGACAAAUCUCCGCUGGUUGACAUUGGGGUUAUGUACGAAGGAGCCGAACGGAUCAUGCCCGAUGCGGAAAUCGUGCAUUACACCCCAGGCGAUCGGUUGGCCAAUGUGAACAAUUCGUCCGCCAAAACGUUUCUCACAUUUCGAAGAGCGAAGAAUGACAUGCCCUGCAACGAGCUGGUCGUCACCGAUCUGUGCGUGGUGGUACCAUCCAAGGGGGAGAAACCGCCGCAUGCCUUCUGCAUGAUCCACAAAACGCUCAACAAGGGCAUCAUGGGCAGCGACGUAUAUCUGUGCUACAAAAAGUCCAUGAACCGUCCGAAGCUCAUCAGUUAUCAGCCGGAGAUUCUGCACAGGUAUCCCACGGUGGAUCAUAACGAUUUCCCGCUGAAUUUGUGUCCCAGUGUGCCACUGUUCUGCCUGCCGAUGGGAACGACGCUUGAAGCAUGGCCCCACGUUCCCGGUGGUGAUGGGAAGCUGAAACGGAAGCCAAUCCAGCCUAUUUUCAGCACGUUUGUGCUGACUGUCAACGAUGGAACCUACAAAGUGUACGGUUCGGCCUUAACGUUCUACGAAGAUUUUGAUGAACAACUACUAAAUGACCAGCAACGAGAACUGCUCGAAUGGGGUUCUGAUUCACACAAAACCUAUUCUUUACACGUGAACAAAUCUAUCUGCCUUCUGUCCAGGUGGCCUUUUGGCGAUACUUUCGAUAAAUGGCUCCAGUUUUUGCAUCAAAUCUCCAUAUUUGAUGAACCUCUUCCGGUUCCGAUCGAGCGAUACAUAACCCAUCUGCUCGAUGAGGUUCCGUUUCCUUCCCCGAGCAUUAUGUUGCAUUUGUCCAGCAUUAACAACGAUCGAAUUCUGCUCACACUUCCGGAAGACUCGCCUCUUCCCCGGAGUGGAGCUGGAUUCCGGCAACUGUUAUCCAAUCUAGGUCCGGAAAACUGUCUUCACGUCCUGCUUUUGGUCAUGACCGAACAGAAGAUUCUAAUCCAUUCGCUGCGACCUGCCAUACUGACAGCCGUUGCCGAAGCUGUCUCGUCCUUCCUUUUCCCCUUCAAAUGGCAGUGUCCCUACAUUCCAUUAUGUCCACUGGGUCUGGCGGAGGUUCUGCAUGCUCCACUGCCCUAUCUCAUCGGAGUAGACUCCAGAUUCUUCGAUCUGUACGAACCGCCAAGCGAUGUGACCUGCGUCGAUCUCGACACGAACACGAUCGGUUUGUGCGAAUCGCAGAAACAUCUCAACACAAAGCUACUACCCAAACGAGCGGCUCGCAUCUUGAAGCAAACGCUUCGCAACUUGGACGAUCUCAGCCAAACCAGCUCGAACGAAUCGUCCAACAGUUUGGACCGGGACUUCAAGAAGAAAAAACGCGAACAAAAUCUCGAGCAACGGAUACAAGAAGCGUUCCUACAGUUCAUGGCGUCGAUUCUAAAAGGUUACAAGGAAUACCUGGUUCCAAUUUCAAAGGCACCCACCAGUCGUGCCACUGAUCCGGAUGCACUGUUCCAGAUGAAUGCGUUCCUGCGAUCGAGGGACAAAGCCCAUCAUAAAUUCUUUCAAAUGCUCAUGAAAACACAAAUGUUCAUCAAGUUCAUCGAAGAACGAUCGUUCGUGUCCGAUGGUGAUCACAACUUAGCGUUCUUUGACGAGUGCGCUGAGAAGGUAAGCGCUUACGAGGAUACUCCCACAGAGAUCAAACUGAUCGAGUGGGACGCUGGUCACGGUAGUGAGCGAACCAAAGUUAUACUGCCUCCGGAAUGCCAGCCAGGACUAUCUGAGAAGGACUUCAUUUACGGAUCGUUCGUUCUGAACCCUAUCCUGUUGAAACAAUCCCGACGAAGUUUAUUGGUCAACGCGCUCCAGCAACACAACAGCUUAGCGCCAGGCUCUCCGAUGGCCCGUCGUACGAAACAUGAGAUUAAAACGGCCCAGAAGUUGGCACGCAAGAACCAGGGCAAUCCCGAACUAUGGGCCAAACACCUACUAGCGGCCUGCUACUCGAUCUACUUCAUGGUCUUGCCCAGCUUGAUCUCGGAGAAUGCCGGCCGGGAACACGCCAUCUUGAAAGCCGCCUACGAUCUGCUAGGAAAGGCUUGCAAACUAAAAAUUCAGUGUGACGAGGUCUGCUAUCGAAUUAUGAUGCAGCUGUGUGGAAUGCACAACCUGCCUGUUCUGGCCGUUCGUUUGCAUUAUCUAAUGAAGCGCUCGGGAAUUCAGCCGAACGCGCUUACCUACGGCUUCUACAAUCGAUGCGUGUUGGAAGCGCAGUGGCCUUCAGACUCCAUUUUAUCCAGUCAAAUGCGCUGGAAUCGUCUUAGAAACAUCGUAAUGGGCGCUGCCCAUUUCAAGCGAGCGGGUAAGAGGUUCGCCGCUCGGCGAAGACUCUCCGUUUCGCAAGAGAACAAUCUCAGUACACUGGAAUCCGUUGAUGGAACGUCUAGAACCAGUCUGGAUUCGGGAAUCUCGCAGGCAGAGCAUCAAUCUAACUCCGCUAUCGACUAUGCAGCGUUUGAUAAGCUCCGUGGACGAUUAGGAGCAAUCGUACGACAAUCCGCCGCCCAUCAGGAAUCAUCGGACGUAUUAUCUAGUGCCGGAUUGCUCAUCACCGGCGAAGCAGGGUUGAAGAUUAGUCCGAAAGAAAAGCAAUCCUCCUUCAAGCCUACAAGAUCCUGCGAUUUGAGUCCACGUAUGCUGGCCCGGGCAGACAGUUUUGCCGGCGAUUCCAAGUUCAUCGAUAAGCUGCAGAAACAGUUUCCCAACGGAGGAGUGGCGCCCAAUGGCACGAUCGGAGACAGUGCGGUAACUAAGGUGAAACGAGCGUUGGAUUUCCAGAAUGAAACGGAAAACAGUUCACAGGAAGAGCUGGUGGACGACAAAGACAACGGGAAAGGAAGUCCAACCAAGGUUUCUCCUCGGACGCUGGUGACUCAGGAUGAUCCACUGGGUGCGUUAAACGACGACGGAAACGACGAGAUGUUAGAAGUGCGAAACGCAACAGAGAAGCUUUCUCUGACGGGUGCCAACGGAACUGGUGGCCAGAAUGGAAUCCAUCACAACAAUACCAUCUAUACGGAUCAACCGAUCCUAUUUAAGGGUCAGCGAUCCGCCACGUUCGACGACUCGUUACAACUGAACAAGAGCAUGCAGCGGUCGGAGACGAUGCCCGUGACCAGUUCGGUAACGUCCAGCUUUGCCAGUAUCGGAUCGUCCUUGAAGUUCAACUUUGGCCGUUACUCACCUGCACGUUUAUCCAUGAAAAAAGAUUUCAAAUCCCUGUCAACGAACGUGAUAGAAAGCAUUUCCAGCGUCAGUCCCAGUCUGACGGGUAAGAAGUCGAACGAGAUCCUCCAGGGUGGUCUCAGUAGUAUCAAGAACGCAGCCACUUCGGUUGCGAAAAAGCUAGACGAAAUCAAGGAAGCCAUAUCGGCGAACACAACGCCGGUGAAGACUGGAUCCGGUACAAUCAACGGUAGCAAUGGGUUGGAAAGGGAAGGACUUGGUUCAGAAAGUGACCUUCAAAAUGAGGACGGAGUCAACGGCAAUCGAUCGCGGAGGGUUUCGAGCGAAUUUGAUCUCUGGGGCCGGUUCAGUGAGUCUAGGAAAUCCAGCUACAAUAAUCUUGUGCCUCUUGGAGAGAAUGCCACAUCCAACAAUAGUUUGAACACGUACCCCACUCUGCCGGACAAUGUCUACACAGUGGUGGCUGAGGUUUCCGAACCAAACGAAUCCGAUAUAGUCCUGCAAAUUACAUCCUGCUCUCAGUGCCACAAUUGUUCGGUCCUACUGUAUGAUGAAGAUGUGAUGGCAGGCUGGUCGGCGGAAGAUUCGAAUUUGAACACUACAUGUCACGCCUGCACCAAGGUAACGGUUCCAUUCUUGAACGUUUUCGUUAUCUCUGAAGAGCACCGGUCAAACCAAUCGGCGAUAGCAAAACAGCAGCAACAACAAGCGGACGUGAUAUCCGUGCCAUAUCUUAAUCCAUUGGUUCUUCGGAAGGAACUGGAGAACAUCCUGAGCCAAGAAGGAGAUCUCGCACUGUCCAAACCAAGUUUCGUCGAGGAGCAUCCCAUCAUCUACUGGAACUUGGUGUGGUUCAUGGAGCGAAUUGACGUCAGUACGCAUUUGCCGAACCUCUCACUCCCUAAGCAGAACGAAGAAAAUUUGGACCCUUUGAGCAAUCUGAAAACCGUCUCUGUUCAUUGUUUGUGGGAUAAUCCACGAUUACACUCGGAGGCUGGACCGGCCAUGUACAUGCUGUGGCGACAAAACCAACCAGCUAGUCCACUUUUAAAGGCCCUACUCACCGAUCAAACCUCGAUCAACCGGGCCGUCAUGCAACAGGUCAUAGCAUCAAUCCGCUGCAACGAUCUGCUCACCCCAGUCAAACGGUUGGCCAACGAACGGCACAAGCUCAAGCACCGCGGUGUUGAUCGCACGCACUCGAUCUACAGGGACAUCCUAUUUCUAGCGUUCAUCGCCAUCGGUCGAUCGAACAUCGAUCUGAUUUCGUUCCAUCGAGAGUAUGGCGCAGUGUUCGACAAACUCACCGAGAAGGAAUGCAACACCUACUACCGGAGCCAGGAUCUACCGCCUUCGUCGGCGGCCAUCUUCUGUCGGGCAUACUUCAAGCCGCUGAUGCUGCCCUGACCGCAAAUGAAUCGAUUGCGACACGAUCUCGUUGUUGGAUCGCAAUCUUGUGCGCUAGGGAAUAGGUAGCCACCGGGUCAGACGGUCAGAAAUAGGGUCGCCUACCUUCGCCGAGCAAGGUAAGUGAUCACACGUGAUAGGAUCGUUUAUCCUUUGUAAAUUUUUUAAACAUUGAAGGACAACAAUAAAUUAUGUGUAGGUAAAUGAGAGAUAAUCCAUUUUUUUCUCAAAGAAUCGCUAACUAAUAGAUUGAUUGCAUCAUCUCAUCGUGAAAAUAAAGCACCAACUACAAACGUAGAGGUUAUGGAUACAUAACGUCUAUGUUCAAUAAAUUCAUCCUGCUUAUAGGAAAAGGAAGCUGUUGUAGCAGUAAAUUAUUAGUAAUAAAAUAAAUGACUACAACACUUAAUCAAACCACAAACACUAACCCAUAUAGCAGAAAUCAAAUGAGAUUAGUCGCAGAAAUGCUUCGUGUUGACGACAUACCGCAAUCAGAUUAUAAUACUUAUUUUAUUGACCUUUGCAACUGCGCAAUGCCUAAUACUGAAAACAGUAAACAUUUCGAAGGAAUUUUGUGAUACCAAUUAUAGUAAAGGAUAGGUUCCGCUUUCUUUUGGCACACUUGCAUGAGAUUUGCGAACGAUUUCCAACCUACACAUUUAGGUUAUGUCAUAUCAACGUAUUGGCAAUAUAUAGGAGCUUUUUUAUGUGUUAGUUACUGUGUUAGCUAUUAAGUAUAGUUAUUGAGAUAAAUGCUUUGACAAACUUUCUACUUUGUUAGAUGUAUUUUAGGCUAUGAAAUUUUGCCUUCUUUUGUUCUAAGGUCUGCUGCAAAUCAAUAGAGAAGGAUUAAUGCGGUAGGAGAUCGUGGGGUAAUGAUCAUUUCCGGUAUAUUACUGUUUGUUCGAGGUAUCGGGAAAACAGUUCUGAAGCGCAUGUCCCUUAGAAACAUUGCUGAAAUCACAGAGUAUUAUUUCCAAUGGAAAUGUAUUACCCCACGAUUCCCUAGCAUUCAUAAUUUUAAAGCGGCACGAAAUGAGCAGAAAGUUCGAUGUUAUGUUAGGGUCAAUGGUUUACAAGACAUGGCUGACAAAUAGGUGGAAUGAAUAAAGCAUAUAUAUGUGCAAAUC